GGAGUGCGGCUCCUGGGGGACUGAGCGACUCGGAAUGAGGCGCCGCUCUGGCCCCAGGAACUCGCGGUCGAGGGGGCGCUUCCGGGGCUGCCGGAAGCGCACGUGACGGCACGGGCCGGUGCCGACGCGUUGGUGGCGGCUGUCGGUGCAGCGCGGGGUUGUCGCCGCGAGAUGGCGGAGCGCCCGUCAGUUCUCCGCGCUCUGCGGGCAGCAGUGGCGGGUGCGGAGCGCCGUCGGAGCCCUGGCGGUGCCGGUUCCCCCCAGGUCGCAUCUCUCCGGGGCUCUGCUUUGCGGCGGUACCGGUACCUCUCGCCGCGAAGGCCACGGGGCCGGAGGCACAGGAGCUGUCCCGCGGGCGUUCCGUGAGGUAACGGUAAGUUACCGAAACGGCCUCGUUUGCUCAUUCCCUGUUCCCGCGGCCGCGCCCGGGGAGGAGCCGCGUCUGGAUCCUCGGACGCACGGGGACGAAACCCCGAAUAACGGAGACGGGAUGGAAUAGCUGCUGUCAUCGCAGAGUCGCUCAGGAGGCCGACUAGGAGGUAGGGAGUAUGUAACCGGUACCGCUUCUGGACUUUCUUCUAGUCACUGGGAACUUGCUUGGGAAUGCUGAUCAGAUCGAUACAUUGGUCCUUCUGCACCGCUCCAUGAGGACGCAGAAGGCAGUCCCGUUGCAUGUGUCCCAAGUUCCCACAGGAAUAACGUUCACGAGCUGCUCCUGGGUUUCUCCACCGUGGACUUGGUACAGAACACACGGCAUCAGGAACAGAUAUUGCUGCUGGGGAGGAGGUUGCAAUUAAGCUGGAAUGUGUGAAAACCAAACAUCCUCAGCUCCACAUCGAGAGUAAAAUCUACAAAAUGAUGCAGGGUGGAGUGGGUAUUCCCACAAUUAAGUGGUGUGGAGCUGAAGGGGACUACAAUGUAAUGGUGAUGGAGCUGUUGGGACCGAGUCUUGAAGAUCUCUUCAAUUUUUGUUCAAGGAAAUUUAGUCUCAAGACCGUCUUGUUACUUGCUGACCAGAUGAUUAGUCGAAUUGAAUAUAUUCACUCCAAGAACUUCAUUCACCGAGAUGUGAAGCCAGAUAAUUUCUUAAUGGGCUUGGGGAAGAAGGGCAAUCUUGUCUACAUAAUAGACUUUGGAUUAGCAAAGAAGUAUCGAGAUGCGCGAACUCACCAACAUAUUCCGUAUCGUGAAAAUAAAAACUUAACGGGAACGGCCCGUUACGCGUCCAUCAACACUCAUCUUGGAAUUGAGCAAUCUCGCAGAGAUGACUUGGAGUCCUUGGGCUAUGUACUGAUGUAUUUUAACCUGGGCUCCCUCCCCUGGCAGGGACUGAAAGCAGCAACAAAGAGGCAGAAAUACGAACGUAUCAGUGAAAAGAAAAUGUCUACACCCAUUGAGGUUUUGUGUAAAGGCUAUCCUUCUGAAUUUGCCACAUACUUGAAUUUCUGUCGUUCUUUGCGCUUUGAUGACAAACCAGACUAUUCCUAUCUAAGGCAAUUAUUCAGAAACCUCUUCCACCGACAAGGGUUCUCCUACGACUAUGUGUUUGACUGGAACAUGCUGAAAUUUGGUGCAAGCAGAGCGGCUGAAGAUGCUGAACAUGAAAGACGAGAACGAGAGGAGAGAUUGAGACAUACACGAAAUCCAGCUGUGCGUGGGUUACCCUCCACUGCAUCUGGCAGGCUGAGAGGAACGCAAGAUGUAGCUCCUCCUGCCCCUCUUACCCCAACUUCACAUGCUGCCAACACCUCUCCUCGGCCGGUAUCUGGUAUGGAACGAGAAAGGAAAGUGAGUAUGAGAUUGCAUCGUGGUGCCCCAGUCAAUAUCUCGUCGUCUGACUUAACAGGCCGACAAGAUACCUCUCGCAUGUCAACUUCGCAGAUUCCUGCUCGGGUAACUACCAGUGUUCUCCAGUCUGCUGUGCACCGAUGAACAUUAUUUUGCCAUGGAGGGCAGAUAAUGCAUGGCUGAUCUCCUAUGUUACCAAUGGCUUUACUAGCAAAAAUACCCUAAACUAGAGCGGAAACAUUACAAUUGGAGUUCUCCAUGUGACUUAAAAGGCCCUUGGAGGAACAUGGACAGACUCCAGCAGCUGCCAUUACAGGACGCUUUUGCCAGAAACCCAGUGACCUUAAGAGAACCCUGUGGUAACGGGGCUGGAUAAGAAAGAUGGUUUACAGAGUUGACCGCCUGUUAUCGGAUGGCCGUUUCCAUUUUCCCUCCACAGGCGGUAGACUUUACCCCCUUUUUAUUAUUCUACUGUAACUAUAAAUCUUUUACUUGGUUUAAGAAAGUUUUUUGUAUCAUUUUGCUAAAAUUAUUGGCUUAAUUCUCUGUAAAGAACUCUUGCUUUUGUCUGAUUUACAAAAUGUAGAAUAUAAACAAACCUAAACUAAAGACAAUGACUUGAAAUUUCUUGCUUAAAAACAUCGAUCUGGCAGGGAACGUGUAAAUGAAUCAAAACCAUCUGACUUAUUUUAAAUGUUUACUUAUUUGUAUGGUCCCAUUCUGAUCGAGACGGUUUUCUCGUGACAUUUUCAAAACUGUUAGAAUUUUACUGUUUGCUGUCUUCAUUCCCACUUCACUUUCCAUGUAACACAAAGGAAUUUUUAAUGCUUGUUCUUUUUCAUAAAAGAUAACUAAAUUCCCUGCAGGAUAUUGUAAGUAUAGUCGAGGUGGUGAUAAUGGAUUUCUCUUGUUGUAAAGAAAAAGUGAAAGGCUCUAGCAUUUGAUGGAUUUAGAAAUUGAAAGCUUGUCCUAUCUCUCUGCUUCGUUUGGGUAAAUGGAUCGUUUCAAACAUUGUUUUUAUUGGUAAAAUUUUGUUUCCUGCACUCUGAGGCGGGUGAGCUUGGAGGGUGUUGCAAGUGGAAAAUACACGUUGCUACUGAAUCUUUGCUGAAUUUGCACAUUUCGUUCAGCAUCCACGUGUUUAAAGAUUAGUAAAUAAAUUGAUUUAGGACUUCUGUUUUGUGCCAAGACUCAGAAAAGUUAAUUACUUAAUUUUAAAAACAUCCUCAAAACAACUUCUUCUUGCUGUGAAAUCCUGAGAAUUUUUGCAAUUUGGGUGUGUGCCAUAUUUCAUUUCUAACUGUAUUCAACCUGAAUGUCCCCUGAAUCAUUAGCUGGGAAUGAAUGAAUCCACACGCUUAAGUUGUCCAAUAAACUGUUGCAGAUGUUGUUUGCACCUGCCGGUUAUGGAAUAUGGGAGAUGUUUCCUAUAGUUUGUUACUGUAAACAGUCUCACAAAAUGAAAGUAGGUAUUCUGUCUUCACAGUACUUGUAACAGUAUCAGAAGUACUGUGUAUACCAAAAUGACUGAAGUAAUGGGAAGAUCCGUGUUGGAAAUGAAAGCGUACGCAGAGAUUUUGUUUGAACAGUUAGGUAUUUUGAGAAGUUCUUCUCUGCUUGAAAACAAAUUUCUUUAAAGGCCUAUUGGUCUUCAGAUUUUUAUGAAGAGUAAUUUUUAUUGUUUUGGUGGUUUUCCCUUCUCAGAAGUCGACCUAUUAAGGAUUAGUCUUUGGAUGUUUUCAGAUCAUUGGCUACUUGCUUGUAUGUACUCUGGAUCUGACUGGGGAAACCUGUGUUUGGGGAACAGCAUAGUGGAAAAGCUGAAGAGUUUUAUCCGUGGAUAAGUUUGCAUAAGAGAAUUAUUUCCUCAGUUACUAUAAAAUUCAGUAUUUUAGGCAUGUGCGCUAUUAUUUGAACAGUUUUACACUUCACUGUGCUUUCCUUGUAAAUAUCUGUGGUUAAUAAUGUACUGUUAGAAGGACUUAAAAAGGCAGCCUCUUUAUUCUCUCUGUAUCUGGAACAUUAGAUUGCUGUACUAUACUUAAAAGUUGACUGCAGAUUUCUAGAACUGUACUCACUUGUGGGCAAUUUUUGUCCUUCAUAAUAGUUAAAUUCCAUCAUGCAGAAAAUAAUCUGUCUAUAUAAACCUGUGUAUUGGAAACCAUAUCUCAGAGCGCUUCGUUUGUACUACCACUGUAUUUGUGUACUUCAGCAAUUGUGUAAAUACAAUCAUAAUAACUUCUGGUUAAGUUUGGUUUUACUUACUUCCAAUGAAUCCUUACUCUUGGUGCAACUCCUUUUUUUCUUUUUUCCUUUUUUUUGUUUCUGUUUUGAUCUGGGUUUUUUGUUAAGGAGUGUCUUUAACUACAAAGAGCAUUGUUGCAAUCAUGUGAAGACAUUGUUGUGAUACUAAAACUUUGAAGGAUUUCUGUAGUCACGGUCAGAAUGCAGCAGUCAGGAUAUGCUGAAGGAAAGAGAAGGCAUUUGCUUCUUUGUUCACAAUAAGCUUCUCUCUCUUUAAAGGUAAAUGGUUUUGUUUGGAUAUUACUUUUUUGCAGAAGUAGUUUUUACAAACGCUUUCUCCUAACACAUAACAUUCGAAGUAUGGGAAGAGAAUUGCUAUGGACACUUGAUCAGAUAUGGGAGCUAAGAUAAAGGCGAGGAAAAUAUUGAGCUCUACCCACAAGGCCACAUAUAAUAAAAGGGCUGUCUUUUGCUCUGUGGUUCUCAAAAGUCUAUUCGUAGUGUGAGGACAAAUGCACCUUCAAGAAUUGACUGUUUCUGAUUAGCAGGCCUUUAAAAGCUGGAAGGAUAUUUAAUUUAUGCUUACACUUUUCAUUUAGAACUGGCUGUGUGCUUUUAUAUGGAAAACACUACGCGUGCUGCUGUUUUACGUUUCUGGACGGUUACAGAGUCCCUGAAUUCUUUAUGGUACACAUACUCUGAAAACAGUUGAAAAUAAAUGUCACACUUUAAGAGAGAUAUUAAAUAAAAGCAUUUAAGGGGCCCAUAUAUUUCUCAUUAAUUUUAUCAAAGUACUCAAAAUGUUCCUUGGACAAAGGCAUGUGGAACUCAGAGGCAUAUCAUCUUUCAUUCUCCACUGGGGAAAAAUACCAUAAGCACAGCUAUUGUCUUCUUUUCCCCACGUUCCAAACGUCCGAGUGGCAGCUCCUCUAUACAAA